UUUGUUGGCAGUGGCGGUGGUUACGUGUGGAUGGCAAAAGUGUGUGCGCUGGUGCUGCUGGUAUUGGCAACUGCGGGCAUCGUAGCUGGGUCUCCCUGCCCCCAGGACUGCAGUGGGCAUGGCUUUUGCCUCAAACAAGGCGUGUGUCGGUGCUCCGAGUCCUGGACUGGCCACAACUGUGCUAUUGCCAAAUGUCCGAUGGGGGUAGCGUGGUCGGAUUUUGCUGUCGCGAACGAUAACGCGCACAACUUGGCGGUGUGUUCGAACCGGGGCAAGUGCGACACCACCACGGGCGUGUGCACGUGUCUGUCGGGGUUCACCGGUCAAGCUUGCGACCGCCUCGCCUGUGCAUGCAAUGGACGCGGCACUUGCGUCAGCAUGAAGGACUAUGCCUUGACCAAAGACCGAGGCCUGGGCCAGCCCUUCCCGUACGACACCAACUGGGACGCCACCAAGCUGUACGGGUGCAUGUGUGAUGCCCCGUACAGCGGCUACAGCUGCCAAAUCAGCGAAUGCCCAAGAGGAGACGACCCACUGACAGGAACUAUCUAUGACCCCACGGGACUCCAAUACAACGAAAAGCAGAUCGUCAACUGCAAAGCCACGGGGGGGGCAUUUACACUGACGUUUCGAGGCCACACCACAGUUCCGAUCGCUCCGUCUGACUCUGCCGCCACCGUGCAAGCUAAAGUGGGGGCGUUGCCUUCUGUGAAUGGUGUGGCGGUGUCUUACUCAGGCAUUACUACCCAAGCCUGUACGAUCCUCGGCAACAACAUUGCGUUGGAAUUCACCCAGGACUUUGGCGAUUUGCCCUCGGUCGUUGGGGAUGCAUCGCAAUUGACCCACUCAUCGGCGGGAAUGAUCCCUACCCUGACCAUCACCACGGCCGUGGACGGCACGAAAGAGAACGCGUUUUGCUCGAACCGCGGGCUGUGCGAUCGAACGUCGGGCAUUUGUGCAUGCUUCAUGAGCUUUUUCUCGAGCGACGGCAACGGCAACAUUGGUACACGGGGGGACUGUGGGUACGCCUUUUCCGCCAUCACACAAUGCCCCGGAUCGGUGCUGGCGUGCAGCGGGCAUGGGAUUUGCCAGGGCCCCCCAACGUACACGUGUAUAUGCGCCAGCGGGUUCCAAGGCGGCGACUGCUCCGAGCGGAUUUGUCCUGUGGGCAAAGCCUGGUUCGACAUGCCCUUUGACGCCCAGGGGGCCCACGCAUUAGCCGAAUGCUCCAACGCUGGCACUUGCGACCGGUCUAAGGGCGAAUGUGUGUGCGACCCGCGGUUUACUGGGGCGUCAUGCAACCGAAUGGUAUGUCCGAACGAAUGCAGUGGCCACGGCACCUGCCAAACGAUCCAGUCCAUGGCGGGACUGUCAGUCAUUAACGGCGACCCCGUCAAGUUAACCUACGGCGCCAUUCCAAACAAUUACCCCACGUGGGAUUUCGACCAAUUGCAAGGCUGCGUGUGCAACCCCGGCUACACCGACUUUGAUUGCUCCAAAUUCACAUGCCCCACAGGGGACGACCCCGUGACAAGGAUGGACACGAAGAACCGCCCCCAAGCCAACACCAUCCAAGUCGUGCAAUGCAUUGGAACGACGGGCACGUUUACGUUGGGGUUCCGAGGGCAGACGACGCCGGCACUGUCGUUCUCCAUCUCAGCCGCAAGUUUAACGGUCGCAUUGCAAGCGCUGCCAGCGUUUGGGCAGGUGUCUGUCGUGUAUUCAUCGGGCCCCGCCGCUUGUACAGCAAGUGGCAUCAACUCGAUUUCGAUCACGUUUCGAACGGUGUUCGGAACACUUCCGACCAUCCGCACGACAGUCAACGGUGUCACAUCUGUCACGGUCAAGAACGACGGCACGGGCGGGUCUGUUGUCGGCACCAAAGAGGACGCCGUGUGCUCGAAUCGGGGCACAUGCGACACGUUGCAUGGCAUUUGCAUCUGUGCCGAAGGGUUCACCAGCAGCGACGGGUACGGAGGCCCGGGAAGCCGCGGGGAUUGCGGGUAUAUGGAGCCAGUCUACCUCAAUUCGGCCGCCAAGGUCGCCAAUGAAAUUGCCUAGUACUUGUAGUAGUUCGUCAUAACACAACGUCGACGCCAAUUUAAAUGGGCACGUGAGGGGGUAACAUAAUAUGCG